AUGGUUUCUCCAAAACUUUCAAACACUAUAGUAAUAGCAUUAGUCUUUUUAUUUUUCACCUAUGAAUCUAAGGGUGAAUCUAUGAGUAAAGUUAAUCUAUCAAUAUACUAUGAUAGUCUAUGCCAAUCUUGUGCAAUUUUCAUUGUGAAGAAUCUUGAAGAAAUAUUCAACAAUGAUCUCAUUGACAUUGUCAAUCUCCAACUAGUUCCUUGGGCCAAUUCUUAUGUCAAUCAGACCUACAAUUCCAUAUCAUGUCAGAAUGGACCAGAUGAAUGUGAGCUAAAUUCUUUGGAAGCAUGUGCCCUCAAUAUUUGGCCUAAUGUGGAUACACAUUAUGGUUUAAUUCACUGCUUUGAGUUUCUGGCAAUUGAUGGAAAGAACAAAAUGUGGCAAAAUUGUACCAACCAACUUGGUUUGCCUUUGGAGCCUAUUAAAAAUUGCUUUAAUAGAGGAAAUGGAACAGAGCUUGGACAAAAAUAUAUUGAUGAAAUAGCAAAACUAGACCCACCUCAUUCAUUUGUGCCAUGGGUGGUGGUGAAUAAUCAACCUAUUGGAAAAGACUAUGAAAAUUUUACACAAUAUGUUUGCAAGGCUUAUAAAGGUGAUGCUAUUCCAGCAGCUUGCAAUGUUCAUUUGAAUGCAAGUGAGAAAUAAAUUUAACUAUUCAUAUUGUUGG